AACAUUAGUUAAUAAUAAACAAUUUGGCAAUUCGAUUCCUGCAUCAAUUGGAUCCUUGUCACUACAAUCAUUAACGGUAUCUUCUCAAGGAUUAUCGGGCAACAUUCCUGAUUUUAUUGGCAACAGUAAAUCGUUACAAUCUAGUCUUAAUAAUUUGGAUUUAAGCUUGAAUCAGAUUAACGGAAAUCUUCCCAGCUCUGUGCUUCAAUUAAAAAAUUUGGUUACACUAAAUUUGGGUAAUAACAAUCUUUCGGGAAGCAUAGAUUCACUUGGCUCCGCCUCAUUCCAAAAAACGCUCGCCAGUCUUGAUUUAAGUAGUAACACAUUGUCCGGCUCCAUUCCAUCGUCAAUUUCACAGUUCUCGAAUUUGAAUAUUUUGUUACUGCAAAAGAAUAAAUUCUCGGGAAGUAUACCAAAUUCUAUUGGGCAAUGUAGUAACUUGUCCCAAUUGUAUUUAAAUAAUAAUCAGUUGAGCGGGAAUAUACCUGAUUCGAUUGGGUCAUUGAAAAAAUUGAUUACAGUAAAUUUAUCUGGAAACUCGCUGUCUGGUUCUAUUCCAACGCAAAUGUGCCAACAAAAUUAUAAUCAGUGUGACCUUACACUAAAUAAUUUGUCAAGUAAUCAACGAUGUCAGGCCUGCCAAACAUAG